GAAUGCUCAUUGUAAAGGAGCAUAACGUUUGAGCAUUGUAGCUGAAGACAUUUAAUAUAUUGAAGAAGUAUUCAGAAAAUAUAAAACACGUAUCUACAAAAAUGGAAUUCAAACGGUUGCGCUUCUUUCUUUUAGUUUGUUUAAUCUUAACACCAACUGUUUCUGAACAAGUUUGUUCUAAAUUUGCAUAUGAAGAACAACUCCUCGAGAAAAUGGUUAGAGUGGAAUUUAAUGUAGGACAGAUGGAAAAAGAAAUAAAGAAUACCAACAACCUCGUUCUGGAAUCUUUGCAGCAACUGAAACAAACCCGGGAGAAAAUGACCGAGGAAUUCGAAGCGUUGAAACUUGAAGCCAAGAAAGUGUUAAAUGAUAAUGAAGUGAAGGCAUCGAAGACAAUCAAAGAUCUAAGAGCAGAAACGGCAAAGACACUUGAAGAAUACGACAACAAAAUAAAGGAGUUUGGAGAGGCAGCUGUAGUACCAAAUAUUGCAUUUGAAGCCAGAACCCCUUCCUCACUUGACCCAGACGAGAAUGCAGUGAUUGUGUUCACCAAGAACAUUGUAAACACUUGAAACGCCUAUGACAACACUACAGGGAUAUUUACAGCUCCUAUAGAUGGCACAUAUCUUUUUACAAGUCACCUGUGUCUACAGUCCGGAAAACAGAUCACAUUCGGAAUCUAUAUAGGAGAUACUGUAUUUACUAAGAGUAGAUACCACAGACCCGGAGAAAGCGAUUUCAAUUGUUUAAACAUCGAAACAACGGCUGUCUUGAAAGCUAGUCAGACGGCUUCAGUAAAAAGCUGGAAUACGGCCACGGGAGACAUACUGCUUGAACAGGAAAACCACCGUUGGAACAUGUUUUCUGGAACUUUGAUACAUAAGUAACUGUGCUAUAGAAAUGUGUGGGUCGUCAUGUUUUCAAAAUUAAGAAUUUUUGCAUACUCUCAGUUUCUGUUGUAUUUUGCUGAUUACGACAUUGUAAAACUUAGUUUGUAUUAGUUUUAAAUUGAUCAGUUACUUUUAAUACAAUAAGUUUUACUUAUUUUUGAUAAAAACACGAUAUGGUUGACGUCACAUCAGCCUACCUGCAGCGAACAAGAA